AGUGUGUUACUGAAUGCCGACAUCGAAACAUCAGCCGGAUUUUCGUUCGUGUUCUGUUCACGUGUCAACGUCGAGUCUCCUCUUAACGAAAGGAAAAAUAUUCAAAUUCAAUAAAUAAGUUAAACGACUCCGCUUCAUUUGAUAAAUGCAAUUUAUCAAUUGUCCUAUAAAUUUUAUGGUGUUACCAACAAAGACAUGGCCAAACACAAUCAACGCAUUCUAAUUUAAUUUGCAUAAAAUCUGUCAAAAAGAAAUGUUUCCGAAUUUAUUUUUAAUUUGAAAAUUAUUUGGUUUUUCGAUUUGAAUGAGUGGUGCAGUUGUUUCAUCAAAUGAUAAUUGUGAAAAUGACAGACGUUUGCCGAGUUGUGAGCAAAAUUUCAAUGCACAAAAAUCCACAUAAAACUACCACAAUUUAAAAGUUAUUAAGAACCAUUUUGCGUCGAAUGCUAACCGUUCGACUGCGGUUAAAAUUUGUGAAAUUUGUUUGAAGUAUAGUAAAUAAAAGUUUGAGUGUUUCUCGCUCGCUCGCUCGUUGAUUUGUUCGUUCAUCCUCGUCGAAGUGCAGAAGUGUGGCUUAAAAAUCCAGCAAAAAAAAUUCAAACACGGCCCGUGGUCAGAACUUUCAAAUUUUUAAGUAUUAAAUUGUUGGAAAACUAUCUUCGGUCUAUCAAAGUGCAAUCGAUGUAAAUUAUCGUCGUUCAUUUUCAUUGGUUCACAUUUUUGUUUAGUCCUUCAUUCGUUGCAAGUGCCAGUAAAGACGUAAAACGAUUGAAAUAUUACAAAAUGCAUUCGAAUGAAUGAAUUGCUGCAUUGCGUAAUGUGCGGUUUAUAGAACGGGGAAACAUAAAUUGACACGUGCUUAACAAGCGUCGACCUGAUUUGGAUGGCAUCGAGAGAGAAAAAGUGUCAAACUACGAUUGUAAAUUGCAAAAUUGAAAGUGUCUAGUGAAACUGUUGUAUAAUAUGUAAUCGAUUUGUGGUUUGGCUCACAUUAGAAAAACCAAGUUCGAGUUCCACAAUUUCCGAGGCAUCCGAUCACACGAAAAAAAAUAAUCACGCACCAAUUAUUUUUGCUGAAAAAUUGGCCGGUUUUUAUCCUAUCGCUUUUUCAACCCGUGGAAGUUUGUGCUCUUGAAUUCAAGACAAUUCUCAGUGCUUUAGAAUCUCAAUGCAAAAAUUGAAAUUUUCCGUCGUGUUGCGCUCAUCCAUCCGUGUGAGUGAGUUUGUGUAGUUUUUACUGUGAUUGAUUUGAAAUGCGAUACACAAAUCACACGUUGUCAAUGUUACUAGUCAGCGUUUCGUUGGUUUUGUGCCAUAAAUUAAAGCACCCACUCCACAGUUGCGGUAAAGUAUAAGGAACGUGAAUUCGAUACAUCCAUCGUAAAGUUUGUUUUAGAUUCAUGGCAUAGUUGAAAAAGCACAAAAACUUCCACAAGCCGAGAAGUGGAACGGCCCGCUCAAAAGUUGUACAGAAAACAAACAAUAAAACCGGAGAGAGGGGAAAAAAAGAAGCUAAAAACCGGUUAGCCAGGUAAUGAAUUAUUCGAAAUGGUGUCAACAGCAACAAUUUCAGCGACAACAAACGCAACCACUAUCGUCACCGAUGUCACCCACUACCUGGUCAAUGCAACGUCCGACAUAUGUUCAACACGUUAUGAAGAUAAAAUCCCAUCGAUACCAGGCAUAUAUUGCAACUGGACUUGGGAUGGAUUUUUGUGUUGGCCACCAACACAAGCAAAUAUAAUCGUUCGACAACCGUGCCCCCAUUGUAAUGGACUAGAUGUAACGAAAUACGUGGAAAGAAGGUGCGAUGGCGAUGGUCAUUGGAUGGUAAAACAAGGAUCAACCAAGACACAGUUUCCAAAUGGUUGGACGAAUUAUACACCUUGCUAUACGGAUGAAAUGAAAAACUUAUUUAAAAAAUUGUAUGCUUAUGGUGAGGAUGUGGCGCAUCGAAAGUUUUAUAUUGCCGAAAGUACAAGGACGUUAGAAAUUUUCGGAUUAAGCGUAUCACUGUUUGCACUACUCAUAUCAUUGAUAAUUUUUUGCAAUAUUCGAAGUCUACGGAAUGCACGCACCAAAAUUCACAAGAACCUCUUUGUGGCGAUGGUAAUACAAGUGAUAAUUCGGUUAACAUUGUAUUUAGAUCAAGCGAUUAAUCGGAAUGGACGAGAUUUAGCUAAUGAGAGCAUGUCAGGCAUUCAAAAUACGCCAUAUCUAUGCGAGAGUUCAUAUGUGUUGCUGGAGUAUGCACGUACGGCAAUGUUUAUGUGGAUGUUCAUCGAAGGACUAUAUUUGCAUAAUGUUGUAACGGUGACAGUGUUUCAAGGCCGUUUUCCGCACACGUUCUAUGCCAUUCUCGGUUGGGGAUUGCCUGCAUUCAUGACCACCAUCUGGGCUGCAUUCACAGCAAAAUACAAAAAAGGACUAAAAUGUUGGUGGGGUUAUAAUUUUACGUCAAUCUAUUGGAUAUUAGAGGGUCCUCGUUUAGCCGUUUUACUACUCAAUUUCAUAUUUUUACUGAAUAUCAUUCGAGUUUUAGUGGUAAAAUUACGACAAAGCCAUACAAGCGAUAUCGAACAAGUGCGUAAGGCGGUACGAGCGGCCAUCGUUUUAAUACCAUUGCUUGGUAUUACGAACAUAUUAAAUAUGACUGAAGCACCAUUACAUCGAACCGCACUCGAAUUCGCACUAUGGUCUUAUACAACGCACUUUCUCACAUCAUUCCAAGGUCUAUUCAUCGCCACUAUCUAUUGCUUUCUAAAUAACGAGGUUCGAGCCGCUUUAAUGAAAAGUCUCGGUGUGUACAUGUCAUUGAGAGGAAAUUUAGACUGGAUACCACGUCGACAUUCCAUGUUUUCUGGUGCCUAUGGAACUGCAGCCGACACCGAUCAACAAUGCAACAACGAAAAUCCAAACAGAAACCGUCAUCAACGACAAAAGCAAAACAAUUGGAUUACAUUGUGCUUUAAUGAGAAGAAAAUGGUCAAAGACAAGGACAAAAACAUACCACGUCCGUCUCCUGAGUCAGUGUUACACUUAUAAACUUUAGUUUUGCAUCAGACCGCUUUUUGAUUACACACCCUUUUUUUCCCCUAUUCUCUCUGUCAUAUCGCUUGAAAUUUAUUUUUGUACUAGUUAAACAAUUCGGUAUAUAUAACAAAUCACAUUUAUAUAUUACUUGUGUUGAAUUUUUUGACGAGGCUUAUCUCAUUUAUCUAUGCAUUAGCUCACACACUGACAUUCACCCUCAUCAUCACAUCACAUUUUCACAUCGGAAUGAAUCUAUUCUAUUCUAAGGAUAACCAAAAAAAAAUGUAAACCAAUUAUUCAUCAACAACUAUUUCUCUUUCACACAAACAUAUAUAAAAUACGUAGUAGACUAGGAGAUGUCAACAUUUUUGUUGGCCUACCGUUCAUUAGCAAAGAUAUGUAUAUGAUGUUGGCUUUGGUUUCAACAAUUUACCAUUGUACUUACACAGAAAUUCAUUACAUUCUACAAACAGACAAAAUUUUGAGUGUGUUCAAGCACUGAAUUUUGGCAGAGUAAGAGAAAAAUAUCAUUGUUGUCACCUAAUGCCAUAUGCAACGAUCUUUUGAGUUCUUUUUUUUGCUUGGAAUUACAUUUUUAGUAGAACAAAAAAAAAACAAACAAAGAUGAAUUUUAACGAAUUUUUAUGCACAUCGAGACUGUUAAUAGUCUUUUCUUACACUAUUCGCUUCGCUAAAUCAAAACUUGGCUUGGAAUUCAGGACUAAAAGUCAUCUUGCUUUUUUCUUAGUUUGAAGUGCGGGACCUCAGAAUGUGAAAUUCUGUAAUUGGAAUGUGGGUCAAAAACAUAAAAACUUAAACCGGUUUCAAUUCUGUAUUCGAUUAUUAAAGUCGUAAAGCUUUCGCCUCUACCAGAAACAAACAGCAAGCCGCACUUUUAGCUCUGUAGACAGUAGUUUGUUGGCAAAUUAUGUAAUCAUGCUUCACAAUCGACUAUUUUUAUAUUUUAUUUAAUGUUUUGACACACACACAUAUAUACGAAAUAUUUGCCACUGUUAAUGCAACUCACUCACAAACAGAGGAAUGACAUAGUUAGUUAUCUCACACCCUCACAAUCAAUACAACUCUAGACACUGGGAACAAAAAGAGAAAAACAUGUGUGUAUUUUUUGUAUCGUUUCAGAACCUCUGUGUGAUGGCUAGUUUUAUGCAACUCCAUAUAUAUUUUUUAGCAAAUCCAAUCAUAUAUUUUUUCUUGCAAAAUACAAAUUAAAUGCGAUGAAUAAAUAAUAAUUUGUUUGACCAUACAAAAACAAAUACAAGAAAUAAAAAAAUGAAAACAAAUCAUUUUUAUCGACGAAUCAAUUUUAUUUCUUGACAACAACAUUUUGUAAUGUUUUACUACUUAAUUAAAUGCGAAAUAAAUAGAAAAAAAAACAAACGAUUUAUUCACUGAACAAAUAAAUGAGACAAAUUAAUGUUUAUCGAAUUUCUAAAAAUGAUGAAUAACCAAGGAAAAAGAGGUUAUGGACAAUGUGGUAAAAAUGAAUGUUUUUUAGCAAUAAGAUCAAACCGAACAAAAUGACGGUACAGAUUUUUUGGAUAUUGCUAUAUUGGAGAAGAACGACAGAAUGUGUGACAUUCGCAAAACUAUCCUGUGUGAUUGAACAUGGGUCGGAAUGGCGCUCUAAACAUUUCGGACCUAUUGGAAUAUCAAAAUCGCUUUGUUCGUAUCUAAGUACAUGAGAUAGAUAUGACGUAAAACUCCAAGACACUCUCUAGACGGUACCGCUUGAAGCUUAUUAAAAGUGAACAUUGUUGCACACUGUGUCACACACGUACACAAGCAUCGAAAGUGCCCGUGUAUUUUGACAGUUUGAUGCUAUCCUCGCCUUCAGGGCCGAUGUCGUUUUUGACUCACCAUGAACGCGAGCUUGGGAAUAGUUAUUCUUUUUUUCAUAAACGAAAACUCUUCAAUCAAUUAACAUUGGCAAAUAUUUAUUCUAAAUUUCUAAUCAUACUUUUUUCCUCAUGUCAUAAAUGGAAUUGCAUUUUUGCAUGGCCAAAAGCGAAUAAAUCGUUAUCGAAAAAAAUUUCAAUAAAUUUAAAUCAUUUUGCUUUAGAUGAAAAUAUAGAAAAAUGUAAAUAUGAAUUUCGCUUUCUGUUUUUUAUGCAAUAAAAUAAGCUUCAGGAGACUACUGAAAUUGAAUGCAUUUUUUUUUCACAUGGAUUGAAAAAAGAAAAACACAAAUUGACCGAAAGAAAUUUUAUUUCCUUUGAGUGAAGUGAUGAAAAUGAUUUUUUUGUAAAAUCAAAAAAACUUUUAUCGAGACUAAAAAUUGGGUGGCCGUCAUAAAGUCCUCGCGGACGAACCGACAUCAACAAUAAAGAUCGUAUUUUCGAACUACUGUUGGCAGUCGAACGCUUGUUCGACAUGAUUAAAAAAAAUUGUUCGUUGUUCGAGCCGGACGACAUUAAAUUUUGUAUGAAAAAAAAAACUUCAAAGAACAACGAACAAAAAUUUUUCGAACGAAUGAACUUCCGAAGCCAACUCCAAAUUUAAUAACUACUUAAAACAUCAAACAAAAAAAAAGAAUGGGAAAUUCUAAACAUCUGUCCAUUAAGGGCAUUGGAUCGACCACUCAAGAAAUCCUAAAAAUUCCCGUUCUUUUCGUUAAUUGAAAUUUUCCAUUCAAAAUUUUUCGAUAAAUCGAACGCCAAUCCAAUAAGACAUCACCAUUCCAUUUCCACACAGGAUAUGUUCGAAUUCAAAGAGUACAAAUAAACGAAUACAUAAAAAUUCAAUUAAAAAAUAAACAUUUGGUAUAUAUAUAUAUAUCUUGAACGAAAAUUCAAAAAUCAAAAAUUGACAUGCGUUCGCAUGACUGUAGGUCAGAUCAACAACAUUUCACUUAAAUGGAAAUGUUUCCUUGAAAAAUGUCAAAUUAAAUACCUUUACACCUACACUGUAGGUCCUACAGUGGUGUGUGCGGAAAUAUAAUUAAGUGGUGAGACGCUACCAAAAUACGAAAGGUGUCUUGAGGUCAUUGAGAAAUUUGGCAGUUUUGUUUAGUUCCACACAAAUUUAUAAUCAAAAUGUGUAAUAUUUCAAAUGAAAAAAAAAAGGUUGGGCCAAACUAUUUUUAAACAAGGUUGCGCCAUUGUGUGUGAAUUGUGGUUUCGAUAAGAAUGAAUGCAAAAGUGGUCGAAAAUUCAUUUUGUAAAUUAAUUUACGACAAAAUAAACUCAUUCAUUCCUUUAGCAUAUACAAUCAAUUUUAUCUUGUCGCUAUGAAAAAUAAAUUUUUUUUUACUAACGUGGAUGAAAAAGAACAAAAGAAAGAAGAGAAAA